AUGGAGAAAGCACCCAGUACCUCAGAGAACUGGCUGUGCUGGAGGCUGUCCAAGACGGUGGACAGAGUUGAAAGGCUUCAGCAGAUUAGAGUGGAAAUUCCCCAUGCCCCUCCAGUAUGGAGCAGAGUCUCUGCUAUUGGGAGCAAGGACCCCUCUGUUCAAGAGAGAGGGUACAAACCACAAGGUAACCUGUGUUUUUUGGUGUGUGAGCACAGAGAGGAUGUGAGGAAGUGGGAUGGAAAACCCACCUUUGCCCUGGCAGCACAGUGCGCCACAACGGGAGCCAUUUUGCCUUUGGGUGUCUUGGAUGGACGAAGGACUCACUCGGAGGGCCAGUUUGGCUCUUGUCGCCCGCCUCCUGCCUCUUCCUCCCAGUGGUCCUGCUUUCCUGCCCGUACCUGCUUUGCCCUGCGUCGCCUUUUCCACCAGCCAGCUCACCACCGGGACAACCUCGUGCUCCGCUGCAGGCACCCCCGUCGUGUUUCCCGGGCACAGCCGACGCCGGCCUGCACCCAGCGGCCACGGUCGCUGCGCUGCCCGCCGCACUGGCCUGCCGUACCACUAAACUGCCGUGGCACUAGCCCGAACCGACCGGCCUGUCGCCAUCACCUGCGCCCAGCCGCCGCCGCCUCUCCCUGCACUGAAGCGCGCCCGCAGCUGCGGCACCCCGACCCUGGGAGCCGGGAGCCGCUCCGGGGCUGCGGCCCUGGCCUUGACAGCCCGUUCUGCCUGCCGGCGGGGGAGCACGCGGCUGCUGCUGUUUGGAAACCGUGCCCAGAGCGCCGCGGGAGCAACGCAAACCCAAGGCGGUUCGCAGCACACCCUCCGCUCGCUGAGCUGACAGAGCACCGGGCUCCUGUGGAAAUCUGUCAAAAAGGAUCCUCCCCGACUGCCCCUUUUCUAUCAGGACGGAACAGAGUAUACAACGCUGAAAUGAAUGCUUAAUGCAACUUUUUUUGGCAACUUUCAAAUCUUGACCAACAUCUUCGUGUGCCACAGAAAUUCCUGACUGCGUAUCCCAGUGUCCUCUACCCUUUGUUUUACUGCUGUCAACUUUGCUGAUCUCUGUUAUUCACUGACCGGGAAGCAGCAUUGCAGCCUCAUCAUUUGGCGCAUAUAUUUUCCAACUGUAUGCUGAACGUGAAAAAUAAUUAAGAACAACUUAAAGGCCUGGGAAAAAUAGGAUUAAGGGUGGAGAUAUACUUUCAUGCUUCUGAAGUGUGUCAGCACGUGAAACUUGGGCAUUUAGAGAAAAACUUGAUUUUGUUCUUCUAGCUAAGAAGAGAAAAUACCCUACAUACCAAGAGAGAUUUUCAAAAGCCAACAACCGCUUAUUAAUUGAGCUCACUGUAGCAGGAAAAUCUUCCUGUACUGAAUCAUCAGAAUUUACCAGAUACUUUAAUAAAUUGGAUGAAGUAUAUAAUUUUAUGUUAAAUAUGACAUGUACUUAAAAUCUUUUAAAGGUAUGAAGUUUGCAAACUUAAGUAUAUAACAGUUAUAAAGUUGAACUAUAAUAACUGGGAAAUAAGACGAAAAAUUCCAGUUUAUCAUUCUUAAACUAAGAGAACUUAAGAAUAGAAUUAUGUUAUCAUAUAAGGACUGACGCUGUACGUGUACGAUGUUGUCAGUUGGGGCUACUUCUGGAGGAUUAAUUCACAUAUUUGCUAACUUCUUGACUGUUUUGUUUCCCAAUAUUAAUAAUGUUCAUUUAGCUUACAUUAUGUACAUUAUCUUGGAGGGAGGUACUUGAAAUUACUUUAGAUAGUGAAGUAUGAUUGUUUAAAUGAUUGAUGAGCAGUUUUGUUCUUUCUAAGUUAUAUAAAUAAUAACAAAUAAUUGAGGGAAUGUCUUGGCUAAAUAUGCAGAAUCACUAUCAGGCCAAAAUAAAUGAAAUUAAAGCUU